CGUAGCAGGUUUAUUUUCCAACAUGGCUGCCAUCAGGAGUGGGGUGACUCCGGGUUGCCUAGCAAGAUGUUUCCUGAGACAGACUGGGAAACCGAGCCGAGGCAGCCAUCCCCUUUCAGACAUUUGGAACCACCAGCGGUUGCUCCAGAAGUCUCACCUGCACACAGUGUUUGAGUGUCACAGUGCUGCCGCGAGGACUGUGCUUGGCCGCAGACAACAUGGGAAGUUCCUGUGGGUGAAUGCAGUGGCAGUCAGGCACAACAGCUCACAGAUCCCACCUGAGGAUGGAAGCAUGGCAGCUCCAGUGUUGCAUGCCUCUGAACCUGCCCCCAUCAUCACACAAGCAAUCACUGAACAGAUCACAGCAGAAACCGUCUCCACGGCAGCACCAGUACUGGACGUCUCUCCUCCUCGUCCAGUCUUGGAUUCCUCCCCUGAGCUUUUGUCCAUGGACUCUGCUCCUGUUUUAUCGCAGCCAGCUGUUGAGCAGAUGGCUGAUGCUGCGCCGACCGCAGUGGAGGUCCUGCAGGCUGCGACCACAGAAGUCAGUUUAGCAGAGCUGGGAUUGGCCAGCCACACACCCGUGGGGUUGAUCCAGAACAUUUUAGAGUUCAUGCAUGUGGAUCUUGGUUUGCCCUGGUGGGGGGCCAUAGUCGCAGGUACAGUGUUGGCUCGCUUGGCUGUGUUUCCAGUCAUAGUGAAGGGCCAGAGGGAGGCAGCCAAGCUGAACAAUGUUCUGCCCGAGAUGACCAAACUUACCACCAGGAUGAACGAGGCCAAGCAGAGCGGAAACAAAUUUGAAUUUGCCAAAGCCUACACCGACCUGAACUUGUUCCAGAAGAAGCAUGAUGUAAAUCCUCUCCGUGGCUUCCUAGUACCUAUGGUGCAGGCACCAGUCUUCGUCUCUUUCUUCAUCGCCCUGAGGAAGAUGGCCUAUCUGCCGGUGCCCAGCCUGCAGACGGGAGGCCUGCUCUGGUUUACAGACCUGACGGCAGCAGAUCCCUUUUAUAUCCUGCCUUUGGCCGUCACUGGAACCAUGUUCUUCAUCCUGGAGUUGGGUGCAGAGUCUGGUAUCGACAACCCCAACCUGCGAGCCAUGAAGACUGUGUUCAGGAUCAUGCCCUUUAUCAUCCUUCCCCUCACUAUCAACUUCCCCACGGCGGUGUUUACCUACUGGCUGACCUCCAACUGCUUCUCCUUGGGUCAAGUGGCCCUGCUCAGACACCCCUUGGUCAGAGAGAGGUUGAGGAUCCCAGAGAGGAUCAAACACCCGGCCUCCGACCUGCCCCAAAAUGACGGCUUUUUCCAAAGCAUGAAGAAGGGCUGGAAAAACGCUCAGUUGGCCCAGCAGCUGGAGGAGAGGGACAGAAGAAUCAAAAAUCACCUUGACCUUGCUGCUAAAGGUCCAUUGAGGCAGACUUUUACCCACAAUCCCCUCAAGCAGACCCAACCCAUGGCUGCAGCAUCAGCUAAAGCCAAGCCGACACAUGGCAAAGAGAGGCCGUGGAAGGACACUAUCGGGUAGAUCAGAUUUAGAGCUGACAGUAAAAUGAUUUAUGUACAUAUUUAUGGAUGGAAGAGAGGACAGGGUGGGAGAGGGUUGUGAUUAUGUAUUAUUCUAAUUAAAAUCUGCCUCCAAACAACCA